CUAGACAAAGGCGCAGAUAUCAAUGCUCAAGGUGGUGAAUACGGCAAUGCCCUCCAAGCAGCAAUACAACAAGGGAAUAGCGAAGUGAUUCUGCUGCUCCUAGACAAGGGAGAGAACAUCAACUCUCAAGGAGGUGAAUACGGUAAUGCCCUUCAAGCA